AAAUGUCCUAAAUUUUGACGUUCGUCGUGUUUAAAAUGGCUGUUGGUGUUUGCAGAAUGGAGAAAUUUUCUUGGUUUUUGUAAUUUAUUGAGUAAAUAAUGGUCGUGUGUCCUGCAGAUCACGGCCUACAGGCCGAUAUAAUUUUCGUUAUUGAAGGGACUGCAGUCAAUGGGGCCUACAUCAACGAUCUGAAAACCAACUACAUCAUUCCAUCUUUAGAAUAUUUUAGUCAAGGAAACAUAGAUGAAAGUAAUUAUUUAUCCGAAGGUGUCAAUUCCUACUAUGGCAUCGUUGUUUACCAAGCUGCUGACUGCUUACCCCACCCCAGCAGCGACACUAUUGGUCCGUUCGUCAGCCCAAACAAACUGUUGAGUGCCAUUGACAAAUUGGAGUUAAUUGGAGGAAAGGGCGAAUCUCAUGCCAAUGUUGCCGAGGGUCUGGCGACGACCCUUCAGUGCUUCGAGGAGUUACAACAAAAACGCGACAACAACGGCAACGUCCAAAGACACUGUAUUCUAGUGUGUAACUCGCCCCCUUACUCCCUUCCAGUAUUCGAGACACAUGCUUACUCUGGCAAAACCUCCGAGCAACUGGCCACGAUUCUACAAGAAAAAAACAUCAACUUAUCCAUCAUCUCCCCUCGCAAGAUCCCCUCCCUCUACAAGCUAUUCGAGAAAGCCGGCGGCGACUUAUCCGCCUCCCAGACGAAAAACUACGCCAAAGACCCCCGCCACCUCGUCCUCCUGCGCGGCUUCAGCCUCAAAGAGCGCCCCCUCAGCCCCCCUCCAGGUACUGUCACUUCCGGCCAGCCCCAAAUCCCCAACUCAUCCAUCCCCAUCACUUCUCUCCCAAGCCCCCUAGCCAACAGCGACAGCCCCAUCUCCGCCUCCCAGAGCCUCGCCAACAGCAGCACGAACGCCGUCCCCGCCGGAGUGGGUCCCAGCCCCGUCUACCGUCCCCCCGGUGGCCAAGGUAUGGCCCAAAUACCCCAACACUCUCAAAGUAUGGUCACUCCGGGCAUGGUAGGUAUCGUGAACGCGCGCGGCACUAUGAUGGGCAACAAUCCCAUGAACAUACCGCAGUUACCGGCACCUCCCGGAUACCAUCAAGCGAAUCGACCGCCAAGGUGGCCGCCGAUGAUGCCGCCGACGCAGCCCAGGUCCUACCUCCAGCAGAACCAGCAGGCGAACACGACGCAGAGCAGCGCUCUGAUCGCCCAGCUGACGCAGCCGCCGAACUCGCUGGCGGGCACGGGGGUGGGUCAAUUCGCGCAGAUGAACAACAACUCGCCGAUGGGUAACCAGCAGGCGCAACCGCCGCUGAAGAUUAAUCUAAUGAACCAGCAGAACCAGCAGCAGAACGUGCAGACGAGCAUGCCGCAGAAUCCGACGGGCGGGAUACAGACGAGCUUGGCGCAGGUGUCGCAGCAGAACCAGGCGGUCACGUCGCCGGCGCAGAGCACCAGCCAGCCGGCCCAGCCGCUGGGUCCAGGCCGAGAGCGCCACUCCAUCUGGCAGGGUCUGCUCGAAUGGAUCGAAAAACCAAAAAACCCUACCGACCAGCAGAAAGUUACCAAACAUGUCCCCUGUCAAGUUUCGGCCAACUCCAAAGAUGGCGAGCCUGAAUUGAAAGCGGACGGUUGGCCCUCGAAGCUUAUCAUGCAACUGAUGCCCAAACAGCUCAUCGGUAACAUCGGCGGUGCCCACUUGAAAAAUUCAAAGUCGGUUUUGUUCCACCCCCAGCCGUGCGAGGCUCUCGAUUCUUUAACUAAAGUGAUGAGUUCGGGAUUCGCUGGGUGCGUCCACUUCACCAGUGUUGCCAACCCUGCAGCCUGUGACAUUAAGGUCCUAAUUCUUCUAUAUACAGCCGAAAAACGGGCCUAUUUGGGCUUCAUACCCAACGAUCAGGGGGCUUUCGUUGAUAGGUUGCGCAAAGUCAUCCAACAACAAAAGUCCACCCAGAUCAUGCGCCAGACUCAAGGUGGUGCUGGGCAGCCACUCAAUCCUCAAACCUCUGGCGCUCUAGCCCAAAUGGGAAAUAGUCCCGUGACGUCACAAACAACCCAGCAGGGUUUGAUGAUGCAGACGAACACCAUGGCGAUAGGCGGCGGGCAGAUGACCCAGAACGUGGUAACGUCGAGCGGGCAGCCGGGAAUUCUGGGCCAGAACGUACCCGGUGGUGGAAUGCCACCAAGGAUACGAGUUCAGAACAUGCAGCCCAGCAUGGGCCCUCAGUCAAGCCAGGCGGGCCCUAACCAACCCAACAUGGGCAUGGGGAUGAUAGGCACGCCUGCGCAGAGAGCGCCCUUCGAGAACCAACUCCAAGUGGAGCGACAACAAAACCUCGAAAAAAUCAACCAAUUAAAACAAACCCUGGAGGCGGCGCAACAACAAGAACAACAAUACAAGAGCCAGCUGGAGAAGAUCAGUCACAUGAAGACGUCGCAGCUGCAGGAGGCGCUCCAGAUUUGCCAACAAACCGAAAUGAAGUACAAAAUUCUAGAUCAGCAGCAAAGGAUGGCCAAUCAGGCUAACCAGCAAGCGGCGACUGCGCAGCAGCAGCAGAGGAUGAUGAGGCCCGUGAUGGGAGGGAACAACCCAGGUUUGAGGCACUUGUUGCAGCAGCAACCUCAGUACCGGCAGCAGUUGAUGAACAUGCAGCAGAUGGCGGGGAGCGGACCGAGGCCACAGAUGGCGCAGCAGAUGCCCAAUUCUGGGAAUUCGCAACAGUCGGGAUUUGAUGAGGUUUCGUACGAUUUUAUGUAACGUUGGGUUUCAUUGUUGGACGAGAAUAAAGAUUUUAGUAUGAGGUUUCAA